AUGAGCAGCGGUGGAACCACCACAGUUUCACCUCAGGAGCCGCCGGCUUUCAAACGCGCCGUACGGAAGAUCAAAUGUGCCGCCAUGGUGGCUAACUUGGCCAAGAGCUGGCAGGGCUGGGCCAAUGAUCACGCAGGGAAGCAGGACGCCAUCCCGAGCGGCUGGAUGCCGGCGUCCGUGGAGGAUGACAACAAAAAAGAGCGCGACCACGUGGUCAAACUGACAGUCACCCCGCGUGUCAUUGCGGCGGACGCCUCCGACACUGGCGGCAGUAAGAUCAGAACCUGCUCCGUCACUAAGACAGUGCAGCCAAAACGCAGCGAGUGCAGCAGUAGCGACUUGGUCAACGCCAUCCGAGGAAAGAUGGAGUCGGGUCCCGAGGACAGCAAGCCUUUCCUUGGCAACGAGUCGCCGACACGGCGACGUCAGAUGAGGGCGCUGCAGAGUGCAGCGGCAGGAGGAGGGGUCAUCCAGGACAGGAAGAUGAUGCUCCAAGAGAAGAAGAAACUGGGGUCAAGGAGCGGCAGCGUGGAGACGGAGGACAGCGGGCUGGAGGAGGAGGCGGGGCUUAGCGACAACGGUGAAGCCAAAACCGAACACGGCGACAUCGAGUUCAAGAAACAGACCGACAGACCGAAGAUUAAGAUCGCCACCAUGGGCGACAUCAAGAGCCGCUGGCAGCAGUGGUCCAAUCAGCACAUGGAGGGCCAGAAGCUCAACCCCUUUAGCGAGGAGUUCGACCACGACUAUGCCAUGGCUCAGCGCCUCCGCAAGGGCGACUCCGGUUACGGUCGACCCAAAGACGGCUCCAAGACGGCGGAGAGGGGCGACCGCGCCCAGAAGCACAUCCACAGGGAGAUGGAGGAGAUGGUGUGGAUCAUCAGAGACAUGGGCUUCGAGGACAAAGAGGGGAGGACCAUCAUCUCCUUCGGACGCCUCUUCGACCGCUACGUGAAGAUCUCGGACAAGGUGGUGGGCAUCCUGCUGCGCUGCCGCAAACACAAGAUGCUGGACUUUGAGGGGGAGAUGCUGUGGAAAGGACAGGACGAUGAUGUCAUCAUUACGCUUAGGGACUGA